AUGUCAAUAUCUCUUUCCAGUAACAAACCACAGGAAAUUUUAAAUCCAAGUCUUAUUGAAGUGGAUAUAAUAAGACAAGAUAAUUUGGCUUAUGAAUACUUAUGUCAUUUAGAAGAAACAAAAGUAUGGCUAGAGUCGUGUUUAAAAAUCACUUUACCACCUGUAACCGAACUUGAAGAUCAUUUACGAAAUGGUGUUUUGCUAGCAAAGCUAGGAAAUUUCAUUGCUCCUUCAACUGUACCAAUAUCUUGUAUUUAUGACCGCGAUGAAAGACGUUAUAAGACUGUAGGUCUUCAGUAUCGCCAUACAGAUAACAUAAAUUAUUGGUUAAAAUCUUUAAAUAUUGUUAAUCUACCAAAGAUAUUCCAUCCCGAGACCACUGAUGUUUAUGAUAAGAAAAAUAUGCCAAAAGUUAUUUAUUGUCUUCAUGCUCUAAGCACCCAUUUAUUCAAACGAGGUCAAGCACCAUUAAUUCAAGAUUUAUAUGGAAAAGUCGAUUUUUCAGCUGAAACAAUCACUGCUACCAGAAAGGAAUUGGCAGAAAAUGGUAUAGAACUUCCUAAGUUCCAAAAAAUUGCAGGACUAUUAUCAGAAGAUACAAAGGGAGACACAUUAACAUUACAAGAAGCAAUUAUGGAAAUAAAUAAUGCCAUUUUAUCCAAGGAUAUGAAUUAUUUCACAAAAUGCCUAUGUAACAAAGCAGCAAAACUACAUUUUAUUAAUUUGGAUUAUAUAGAUAAAUAUUUAGCUGUUUUACGUAAUGUUAAAUAUUCAAAAGAAGAAUCUACUUUGAAUAAGUCAUUGAGUGAAAGUUUUGAACCAGACACAUAUGAUGACAUUUUAACUCAAAAUGAAAUACAGGGUUAUAUUUCAUCCACAAAUAUUGACCAAAAGUGGAAUGAAAUGAGUAAAGCAAAUUGUGAAGAUGAAGUUGUCAAUAUAUUAAAAUCAAAAUACUUACCUUUAACAGAUGUGCAAAAGCAAAAUGGUAAAUACUAUAAAUCAGAAUUUCAAAAUGUAUCAAAAACCGCUAAUUAUACAGUUUUGAAUACAAUUGAUAAAAAAUGUUUUCUUCAACGUGUUGUUAAUACGGGAAAUCAAUUGGCGUAUAACCACAUCAAACAGGAAUCUGCUGUAAAAAAAUUAAAUGAUACAUUAAUUAUUGAUGAUAUGGAUGGUUUUACGCGUGUUCUUAAAGAUCCUAUACUAAACUUGAAUCAUCUUAUUAAUGAAUUUGCUGUUCCUUUGUACUUUGAAGAACUGAAGAUUGAUCGAUGUGAUAUAGAUCAAAGCCUAAGUUACAAUGAUAUUGUACAGAGUUUGCAGGUUUUAAAUCUAAUAGCUGAUGUAACAAAAGCUGUUCUUUCAGAAAAUAUUGAUUCAACAUGGGAUCGACUUGCAAAAUUAAAGAAAUUUUUUCCAGAUCAAGAACUUGAUGCAGGAUUAAAAUUACAAUACUGGAGUGCCUUUGAUGCAUGUAGACGAUUUAAAAUUAUAAAUAAAGGAUGCUUUGGAAUAUUGUCAUUUAUGAAUAUUAAAGAUUGUGUGAAUAUUGUUCAUAAUCAACUUGAACAAAACAAAGAAGUUAUUAAUGUUCUACAACAACUUAACAAUGCCUUAAAAUGGAAAGAUUUUAACACAGUGAAGCAAUGUAUCACAAAUCCAGUACUGCAAUUAGAAGAAUACCCAAUUAAAGCUAAAGAUAUGCAGUAUGCAUAUGAAUUAUUACUGAAUCGUAGAAAUGACUCUGAGGACGAAGUUGAAGUAUGGAAAGAUGAUGUCGAAGAUGUCUUAAAAAGAGUAUGUGAUGAAGUUGAAAGUAUCCAUAGAAGUGCUGAAUGGCUUUUAUCUGUGAAUUUAUCAUUGGUUAAGAAUGAAAAAACUAAAUUAGCUCAAGAGUUUCUUAAACUUGUUCCAAUGAUUGAAAUCGAACAACAAGAAAUUUGUGUUUCAUUAUUACAUUUGCUCGAGUCAAAGUCAAAAUACCAAGGCCCUUGGGUUACACACCAAACACCGUAUGGUCGAUGUAUUUAUUUAAAUCUUGAAACUUUGGAUUACUCGUGGGAGAAACCAAAUUUUUUUCCUACCCCGAAGUAUUUAAAUAUGGAAGAAAUACAAACUACAAUAAUGAAUAUGAAAAAAAGUUAUCAGCAUCGAAAAGAGUCUGAAGAAAUAAAUAAGAUGAUUAUUCAACUUCAAGCUAAUAUUCGUGGGUAUCUAGUAAGACGAGAAAUAAAAAACAAGAAUAAGUUGUGUUAUAGACACGAAUUAUAUGCUAUAAAAAUACAAAAAUGGUGGCGAUGUAUUUUAUUCCGAAGACAAUGGACAGCUUUGUUAAAAAAUGUUAGGAAGCAAUUGAAACCUUUUCAACGGGUUUAUACUAGAAGUGAUUUAAAAUAUAUAAUAAAGUUACAAGCAGCUUGGCGAGGUAAAAUGGUUCGCAAACAUUUUUAUCAUUUAUUUCAUACAGCAAAUCCUCCAUAUAAGAUUGUUAAGCAUUUUGCUCGUUUACUUAAUUUUAAUUUGGAAGAUUAUCAUCGGGAAUUAGAAUUACAAAAUCUCCGCGGGCAAAUUACUCAACUUAUACGACAGAGCAACAAAAUGUCUCUUGAAGCUGAUGAGUUGGAUACGAAAAUAGGUUUACUUAUUCAAAAUAGAAUAUCAUUACAGGAUGUCAUUAAUCAUAAAAUGAAAACUAAUGAAGACAUUUAUAAAAUACAACAACCAAAUAAUAUGCAAAAUUCUAUUAGUUUAAUGUCUUUAAAUAAGAAUAGUAAACAUCUAUUGGAAUGUUAUCAGCAUUUGUUUUAUAUGCUUCAAACAAAACCAUACUAUUUAACUAAACUUAUAUUCUGUUUGCCAUAUUCAGUUCGUCACAUUUCUAAAUUUUUAGAACAAACUCUUAUGUCAGUUUUUAAUGCUGGAAGUAAUAGUCGUGAUGCUUAUUUUAUGUUAAAGCUAUUAACAUUAGCUUUAAAAGAAGAAAUUAAAAUUAAUUGUACUAAAGCAGCGGAAAUUAAAACUUCGAAUCUAUAUAUAUUAAAAGCAAUUGUGGACCAGGCAAGAUGUUUUGAUAAUCAAAAACGUUUAAAUACAAUCUUUAGAACAGUAGUUGAAAAGCUGAUACACCAUAGAAAUAAUCUAUUUAUCGACACAAAUCCAGUUACAAUUUAUAGGACUUGGCGUAAUGAAAUAGAGACCAACACAGGAGAGAUAUCAGAUCUACCUAGCUCUGUAGAUCAACAUACUGCAUUAAAAUAUGAAGAAGUUCAAAAAAGGUUAACUCAUAAUUUGGAACAGCUACAAAACAUAACCGAAAAAUUUUUAAACAAAAUUCUAGAUUCCAAACCUUUAAUACCAUAUGCCAUAUUAUACACAGCUCGGAUAUUAUGUGAAACCAUACAUGAAUUGUUUCCCGAUACUCGUGAAAGUGAGGUUUAUAAAAUAAUUGGCUACUUUGUCUAUAACUUAUACAUGAAUCCAGUUAUCAUAACACCUGAAAUUUAUGAUAUAUUUGAAACUAAAAUUGAAGAUGGAAUAAGUUAUCGUCAACGACAUAAUUUAGCUAGUGUUGCUAAAAUCCUGCAAUAUGCAUCAAAUAAAAAAGGAUACAAAGAUGAAAUCCAUUUAAAAUGUAUGAAUCCAUUUAUACUUGACUGUUACACAAAAUUAAAACUUUUCUUCAACAAUUGUACUAAUGUUGAUGAUCCAGAAGUGUAUUAUAACAUAAAUGAAUUCACAGACGUAACACUUCUUACUAAACCAACAAUAAACAUAACAUUACAGGAAAUCCAAGAAACUCAUUCUUUAUUGCUAGAUAAUAUUGAUCAAGUCGCACCUGAUCCUAAUGAUCCAAUUCAUCAAUUACUCGAUGAAUUGGGACCUUCUGCCCCAACAAUUUCACAGCUUUAUGGAUCUGAUGACGAUGAUGUUAUUGUUCAAAGACGAAUUGCUACAGUUCAAGUUUGUCUAACGUUAUCUGAUAAAUUUGAGCCUAACACAAAAACAGCUUCUGUGACUAAAUUAUUCAUUAAGACGAAGGAGUUAUUGAUUAGAGUUCUUCCAUAUUUAAGUGGACACACAUUACCAGGGUCUUUAAGAAUUGAUUCAACACUAGAUGAAGAAAGUCGAUUUUCUGACCGAGAAAACAAAAUAAGAGCUUCUGGAAAGGCUGCAGAGUUUGAAGAGGGAACAUUAAAAGAAAUUAAAGCAAAAUUAAGAAAACAUUUGAAAGUCUUAGAAGAAGAAGGCAUUGUGUCAAAAGAUGAUGGAUACCAAGGUAUAAUUACAUCAGUGGCUAAAGACAUUUGUAACCGAAAUAAAUAUCGUCAAAUACAAAUUAAGGAAUUGCAAAUGUUUAAAUCCACCAAACAGAGAUUGGAUGAAAAAAUUAAAUAUUUAGUUGAAAAAAUUAAAUCAUAUGAACAGUACAUACAAACUUGCUUGGAUAAACAUAACACCGGCCAAAAAAAACAGAAAAAAUCAUCUAAUAGAGGUACACAGCUGAAGUCUAAGAAAAGUAUUCGAUAUACAGCAGCAAAAUUACGAGAGAAGGGAGUACUAAUCGAAGUAGAAGGACUUCCAGAUGGGCAGUUUAAAAACGCUCAAUUUGAAAUCUGCCCAACUGAUGUGCAUGGUGUAUUUUUAGUCAAAGGAAAAUUUAUGGGAGUAGAAAUGGAAACUAUCAAUAUAGAUAUACAGGAUUUGUUAAAACGUCAAUUUGAAGGAGCGACAAUAAUGGAUAUUUUUGGCACAGCCAAAGUCAAUGUUAAUUUAUUAUUGUUUUUAUUAAAUAAGAAAUUUUACUGUAAACAUUAA